UGGCAUCUUGGUUGUUCAACAAUUAAUAAAGAACUAUAAUAACUGUCUCUGGCAUUAUUUAUAAUAUUAUACAUGGUGUCAGGUGUUCAUGUGAUUAAAGGUAAAGUGACCAAUUAAGAAGAAAAUGGAAAAUCUUGUUUUUAGACCACCUGAGCCUCUAAGCUUGGAUGGCAAUGUUUCGGCCAACUGGAAAAAAUUCUGGCAGAAAUUUGAAAUUUAUUUGGAGGCCUCUGGAUUAGCCGAGAAAACUGAGAAAAAGAAAGUUGCUUGUUAUUUAAGUCUUGUAGGAGAUGAUGGAUUGGAGUUGUACAAUACAUUUACCAUUGAAGGUGAUUUGACUCUUGAAAAAUUAAAGGACAAGUUUGAUGCAUAUUGUGCACCCAAGAAAAAUGUAAUAUUUGAAAGAUUCUUGUUCAAUAGUGUUGUGCAGAAAGAGGGUCAGUCUUUUGACUCAUUCGUGACGGAACUUCGUAAAGCCAUAAAAACCACAGAGUACCUGGAUCAAGAUAACAUGUUAAGAGACAGGAUAGUCAUGGGCAUUUUUGAAAAGGGCACCCAAGAACGUUUGCUUAGAGAAACGUCUCUAACUCUACAAAAAACAAUAAACAUUUGUCGUGCUUCAGAAACCAGCAAAAAUUUAUCAAAAGAGAUGCAGGAGGUAGUACAGUUGAAUGUGGUUAAGAAAAUUGACCGCAAACCAUCUAAGCAAGCAGAUAGUGGUAGUGGUAGCAGUAACAGCUCAGGUAACAGAGAAUCAUGCAGGUUUUGCGGGUACUCUCACCCUCCAAGAAAGUGUCCGGCGUAUAACAAAACGUGUGCCAAGUGCCAAGGGAGACAUCAUUUUGCUAAUGUUUGCAAAAGUAAGGGAAAACUUGGAUCGGACGAGGCAAGUGGGUCCAAACGAAGGGUACAUCAUGUCGAAGAACAUGAACAGACUGACAGCGAAGGUGAAGAGUUUUAUGUAAGCUCAUUAGGCAGGCAUGUUGGGGCGGUUCAUGAGGGCAGCAACCGCAUGUGGACAGAGGAACUCCAGGUAAAUGAGCGGAAAAUCAAGUUCAAACUAGACACUGGUGCUGAGACCAUGAAUAACCACAAUAUCAAAAUUUUGAACUUCAGCAACUUGGAUGCUGUCACUUACCCCAUAAUCAAAAUCAUUGGUCGUGUACAGUACUCCGCAAGCCUGUCAUGCCAAAACCAGAAGGACAAAAAUGUCUACUUGAGCCAAAACAAUAACAACACUGUUCUUAUAUCAACCAGUCUUAUCAAUGACAAAUUCAAAUUCUUGGUGGAGUUGACACAGGGGAAGAAUCAAAUAAAUAUUAAGUACUGCUGUGAGAACGUUUCGACUGUUCUGGAGUAUUUUCCAGUUUUAUCAGAGACCGCUGUGAUACCAUUGUAUGUGAUAUGUGAGGACCAUGAUGGCUGCUUCCAAGCUCCUCCUUGGGAGAACAACACCAUCGAAAGCGCUUGCAAAAGAAUCAAUUUGGGAUUAAGAUUGCUGCAGUGCGUUGCAGCUGAAAAACUAUACGAGCAUGGAUUAGGAAGGAAAACGUUUUUCUUAAGUGGGGAGUGCCAAGUUUUCAGGAGUCAGAUUAGUUGCUUGGAGGCGAGAAAUAUGACGCAAAUGCAAUUAUGGGAAAACAUUGGCCGGGAAAUAAUGAAGUCCUCCUUGGGUUCAGAAAACAAAAAAUAUUUGGCUUUUCUCUCAUGUACCAAAUACUAUGGCGAGAAAUAUAAAGAAGGAGUUACAAAUACUCAUGAAGAUCUUAUGGAAAUCACCAAAGGAUACGUGGCAUUGGGUGGAGGAGGGCUAGCGUUGUUUGGUACUGCCUGCUUAUACACCUGGCCGGAAUAUUUUGAGGAGAUCAUUCUUCGUUUUGAGGAUAAUAAUUUAGUGGACAGGACGCAGUUUUUGGACGAUAGCUGUUAUAGAGGCACUUUAGGAGCCUGUUUCUCUACAACUCUCGGUUCAGUUCUUCACGAACUAUUUCACACUUUCGACUUGGGUCAUACCGAAGAAGGAAUAAUGGGUAGAGGUUUCGACAAUAUUUACAAAGUUUUCACAAAUUUCGACGUUCCGAAUCAGACCAUAGAAGCUGGCUUCGAAACCCAAAGAGCCUUCCAAGACAAAAUUGAGUUCAAGGAGGAGUUUGAACCGGAUAGUUUACUGGAGAGACUUAAGAAUGAGAACAAGAAAAAGGAGUUCACUGUAAUCAAGAAGUUCGAAGAAAUCGACGAUACCGUUCUCGGAAGAAGUUGUGCUGUCAUAUUGUGCUACCACAGGUGGUUUAAUCAAACAGUGUCCAAACAAUCGUCAUUGCUCACUUUCGAUCCGUUUAACAAACUAAUCAAAUCAACAGCAGGAGUUCGAGUGGUCGAGAUAAGAAGCGUAGAGAAAGAACUGGUGUUGCACAGUUGGGUUUUCGAUGGAAGAAUCUUAAAAUUUUCCUUCCAGAUCCCCCAAGAUAUUUUAAAAGGAACCAACAGUUCCAGCUGCAUCGUUUUCGUGGAAGACACCAUCGGAUGCAUCUUGAAGGAAGAAUUCAGUGUUUAACUGUAAGGCGAUCAAAAUUCGCUCAUCCGGAAGAAAAGUGUAACAACUUAAAAAACAACUUUUUUCAGAAGGGACAAAAGUUGAAGCAAAAUAAAAAAAACUAUGAUAUCUGAUUUAACAAAGAAAAAACAUCAACAUUUUGAGUUAUGCCACUUUUCUUUUAAAAUACUGGUGGUUACUUUAUUUAGACAUUCAGACCUAUUCUGUAACUUUUAACAACGAAUAGAAAUGACCAAGUCGAAUCGUAAUUACCCCAAAUCGGAAUGUUGGAUAUCUAUCGCGUCAUUUGCGUGUUUGGAUUGGUAUUCUGUAACUCACAUCGUAAUUAGGGUAAAUCUAAAUCGGCAAUUUCUAUUUCACGCGGUCAGGAGGGGGUGGCAACCCCGCAUUGUCAAGCGAAAUUAGUGUUCCGUGGCCUGGUGCGGGAGCACGCCAAAUAGAAUUCUAUUUUAGUGACGUCACGUUGCCUAGCAACCGUCGAUUCUCCCAUUAUGAAAUUCUAUUUUGUGACGUCAGCAAAAUAGAAUUCUAUUUGGCGUGCUCUGGGCCCUGCUUGUUACUGUUUCUAAAUUUGAAAUAACCCCCUCUGUGGCUCAGUGGUAAGAGCGCCUACCUUUGGAUCCAAAGGUCCGAAUGGUCGUGAGUUCUAAUCUCACCAGUCUAAUCUCACCAGGCUCACCAGGGUCAGGACCUAGCUAAUCUACAGGUUAUUAUAUCUAUGUAUGGAAUACCGAUUUUGCCUAUUUCUAUUCGAGUUGACCACUUCUAUUCGAUUUUCCUUACUUCUAUUAUCGAAAUGAGUUACAGAAUAGGCAUGAUUAACGAAAAAUACCUUUCUUGAAAUACAACGGUUUUCAUGAUCAAUAACGAUCCGUUCACAUCGAACGUCACAGCAUAACUCAAAAGUGUCAUUGUUCCGGAAUAAACAUAUUCAUUUUACCGCCAAAUCAAUAAUGACACUACCGCCAUCUUUCGAAGUUGGAAGUAAACAUCUAUGCGACAGUUUUCCUGGUAAAAGUAUAGGAUUUUUUGACUUAAUUUAAUAAGAUAACUCGAAUUAUGCAUUUUUCGAGUUGUGUCACUUUUCUUCCGACCACCAAAAUUGUUUUACUAGUACAAAUGUUUACAUAAAAGUUGACAUAGAAUAUAUUCUGUAACUGUAAAAAGUUUGUUCUACAAAUUGUAAUAAUGAUUAAGAAUGUGCCAAAGUUUAAGCAAAAUUUGAUUGAAAUUGUUAGCUUCAUAAUGCGAACAAAAAAUAUUGUAAUAGUUAACAAGAACAAGAAAAAUACUUAGUUCUUUCGAAACUACUGGCACUGAUGUCAUCGUGUUAGCAUAAUUUCACAAUUUGCUAAAACACUACUUAAAAAAGUUUGUUAAAUGUUUAAAAUAUCUUCAUUAUCAUCAUCAUCCAUCCUUUUACAUUCAAAGUUGAACGUAAGCUUACCAUAAUUUCUUCGAGUUCGGUCGGUAUUUGACUUCCUACAGUAAUUCCCAGAAAUUCUUUUGACGCUGUCCGACCAUUAUGUAGGUUUGCUUCUUCUGCCUGUAUGAAAUAAAACAAAACAAGCCUUAAAAAACGAAGAUAUCAGCCAAAAAUGUCCAAGAUGUAAUGAGAUAAGGAAGCGAACGAAGAAGAAAUUUUAGUCAACAUGUAAAAAGAAUGGGAGAAGAUAGAGUUCCAAGAAUUAUAAGAGAAAAAAAAACAGUAAAAUCCUGUGUAAAAGGUAUAUUUAAAAAACCUUCAAAAGGGCCACAUCAAGAUCACAUAACUAGUUUUCGACUGGUUUACCAGUCAUCAUCAGUGCUUACGUGCAAUGCACAUGCUAACCACCAAGAUAGUAUUAUACAAAAAUAUGUGGGUCAAAGCCCAGUAAAAUUAGUCCGUCAAGGAAACAUUGGUUUAAAAUGUUACCUUAAGCCAGGAUGUUGAAAAUAUUUUCUAAUUUGCCCUAGAUAACAUCUAAGAUGUAGAAAUAUGACUUGUUCAAAUGUUGGAAGUGAGAUGUAGAAAUAUGACUUGUUCACUUGCCGUCUCACUUCCAACAUGUGAACAAGUCAUAUUUCUACAUCUCAGAUGUUACCUAGGGCAAAUUAGAAAAUAUUUUAAACAUCCUGGCUUAAGGUAACAUUUUAAACCAAUGUUUCCUUGACGGACUAAUUUUACUGGGCUUUGACCCACAUAUUUUUGUAUAAUACUAUCUUGGUGGUUAGCAUGUACAUUGCACGUAAGCACUGAUGAUGACUGGUAAACCAAUCGAAAACUAGUUAUGUGAUCUUGAUGUGGCCCCUUUGAGGGUUUUUUAAAUAUACCUUUUAUACAGGAUUUUACUGUUUUUUUGUAUUACAUGGUAUACAGCCAACUACAGGAAAACUUUUUCCUUGUGGAUAAUUAUAAGAGACAUUAAACCAAACAGAAGAGGGCUCCGAGGAAAACCCCCAACGAGAUGGCAAGACAGAAAACGAGAUGGCAUCGUAUGGCAUUUUUCCGGGAGGAUUCAUUCGGACAAAUUCGGCGCCACUUGCAUCUUUAACCCUGUUUCAAUUAGCUAGUGUCGAUGCACACUAGCCCAGGGGGACCGACGGCUGCCUCUGAAACACGGUGAACGGCUCGUAUCAUUUUUAGAAAUGAAAAUGUCGUUUUUGGUGCCGAGAUUCGACAAGCGUUAAGACUACACACAAGUUCGGUAUUUCCUUUCGAAGAAAUACCACUCCAAACUUAACCUUAAUACUCACAACCAAAAUUAACGCUCUGUAUGAGGUUACAUCUGGCAUAACAUUCAUCAUAUGGAAGCAAGAUUGACAAAACUUCGUCUACAGAAGAGCGGUAUUGCUUUGAAAGGACAUACCCAUACCGAACACGUGGGGGUGAUUAAGCGAAUGCCAACUGACAUGUACAUUGAAAACAUUUUAGAAGAUCAUGUUUUGUCGUUUGCAAACCUCAUUGGAUAUGGCAUAUUGGUGCUAAUGCACGUCUUCAUGUCGCUAGAGUAGUGAAUACUUACCUUUAUGAGAUUCAAUUUAAAAAUUAUAUUGGCCAGCAUGUAGCCCAGAUCAGGUUUAAAUCAGAUUAUAGACAUCAUAUAGACAAUCAGAGUAUAUGACACUUAAAAACGUAUAAAACGUCGCAUUCGGAAAAGAAAUCCUAUUCCUACGAUACUAGGGGGCUAAGGAAGGCAUUACAAAAAAUUUCAUUUCACGUGCAUGUGCUAUAUUUUUGUCCGUGAGUAUAUUUUUAAUUUGAGACAUAGGUACAGUUACGGUCACUGAAUAGUUUACACCUUAAUUUUUAUAUUGUAAUACUGUAAAAUUGCAGUGUCGUACGGAUUUGAUAAAUGUCAAAGUCAAAAAAUUUUAAACAGUCAGUGCUUGUCAGAAGUUUCGCGAGUGUUGAAAAAUAAAAUAAAACGAUAACAAAUUCCUCCAAAAUGGUUAGAAUGCAUUUAAAUGAUGCGCAAAAAGCAACAGCAAUUGCCAAACACGAAGAAGGUUUGGUCUAGGGUUACCGAUGAAAAAGUAUUUCAGUCAUAUAGCAAUGGCCGUGUAAGAGUUUAUAAGAUGGGAAGCAAUUGAGCAGGCAUGUGAAGAGUUUGGUGACUAUAAUAUGAGGGAAUUGGUGUUAUCUAUCUAUGAACAGAAGACUGCAAAGUUGUAUUGCAAUAAUGGGGCUUCCACCAAAAAUUAAUUAUUGUUUAUUAUUUAUCAUCGUUUGUCAUUAUUUAAUGUAAAAUAGAUGUAAAAUAAAAUGGUUAUUUUAAAACCAGACUUCCUUAUUUUCGUUAUUAAGACCAUAAUCUAUUUUAGUCAAAAAGGUUCUUUCUAUACUUUCCAUUUUGUUAAGUUUUGUAAAAUAUAUUUACGAGUAUAAUAUUUAGGUUUUUUAAUUCUAAUCAACCUAUUCUAGGUACACCACUGGUAACGUCACGUUGACGUAAAAGGUGCGUUUAAACGAGGUAAAAACAUAGAGGUAUAUAUUAACAUAGAGGGAGCCUACCUUCCGCGCUUCCUGGCGACAAGAUCUCAGGGGACUGGUUUGCUGCAUCUCCUUCUAACACAUUGUAUCGAGAAUCUAUAAUGACAUUCAGUGUGAAUAUAGGCACGGAAGAGGAGGAUAACUAUAGCAGCUUUACUAUGCGUAAGAGUGAAACAGCACUAAUCCAAAUAAAAAAGAUGGGGUCGUCACUUCGCUCUGAAUGACACUCUCUCUAUGCUAAUAUUUAACUCUAUGGGUAAAAAUUUAAAAAAUCAGCUCCUAGAUACGUAAGCCUGUAAACUAUUCAAUGACCGUAACUGUACAUACAUAACAUGAGUUUUUAAUGUCCUCAGUACCGGUAGUUUUGGAAUAAUGUUUCAAUAUUAUUUAUACUUCUUUGAUAUUAAACAUUGAUUUUAAUUUUUAGGUAGUAACUAAUUCGUUUUAUAGACUUACAUAUAUGUUUUUAUAAGUAGCUUUUAAAGCUAUGAUUUCCAUACCAACUUUCCAAAAUAUGACUGAAGUGAGAAAAGAGGCCUGUCCGGUGUUAAACUAUGACUAUAUUUCAUAUAUUGACCUAGAUUAUCUAACUAUUUAACUACUAAAUGUAAUUCCUAAACACAAUAAUAAAUUUGUGGAGAAAAA